AUGCCCGCAGACGCGCCAUAUGACCCGGACCAAGAUGCAGAGCAACGACGCGUCGUUCGAAAGGGUUAUCGCAACCUCGUGAAGACCGUCCAAGGCGCGUCCUCCCACCACUCGCACGAUCUCAAUGCCGAGGACCUGACGAAGCAGAUCCAACAGGCCGAUAAGCUCUUCAGCACCGGGGUCAAAGGCCCGCAGGAAGCAACCCUCGAUUCCGCAUUCCUACUCAUGUCCUCCAACGUAGCCGCCCAAAAAGCGCGCCAGAUGAAGUCCGCAACGGGUGCUUUCGACAUCGACGACUUCGUGGCGCGUCUGAGCGCUUUUAUGGGCGCUAUGAAAGACGUCGACGAGGAUGGUGACGAAGAGGCUUAUGUGGACGACAACUUCCUCGAAUGGGACCGAAUAGGACGUAAAGCCCUCGCGAAAUCACGACGGGUGCCGGCCUUAGGAUUUAUGUAUGGUCCACUCUCAAUUGAGGUCAAGCAACGCAAAGCUACCCAACGGCCCAAGGCAGACAAAGAGAAGGUCAAAGAAACCAAGCCGCAGGAGCUGCAUGAGGAGGACAUCGCACGCUCCGAGAACGAAACGACCAAAAACGUCGCCACACUGGAAACGAUCUUAUCUGAACAGGAAGGAUACAUAAAUCUCUUCAAAUUCGUGAUCAACCCCCAUGAUUUCGCGCAAAGUGUCGAAAACAUCUUUUACCUCUCGUUCCUUAUCCGAGACGGCAAAGUCGCGAUGGAGACGCAGGAAAAUGGCGAAGUGAUGAUAUACUCGUGCCAACAACCGGACGACAAGGACUACUUGGAGGGCUUGAAAAAGCGUCAGCUUGUCCUCGAGUUUGAUGUUGCUACCUGGAAGAGGGCAAAAGAGGUCUUCAAGAUAACCGAGUCGAUGAUUCCACCGCGUGAAAAGAGCAAGAUGCGGAUCGGCAAACAGUGGUAUGGUUAG